AUGGCAGGGGACCAUUACAAUGCUGACUCAUUCAAAGCAUUUUUUGAAGCUUGGCUCCUCCGUCAACGAAACUAUCUCGACGACCUUCUCUCCACCGCACACGGCACUCCUCAAAACCGCGAUCUCCAAGUUUCAAUCUCUCGAAUCCUCAGCCACUAUGAGGAUUACUACGAGAAGAAAUCAAGAAUUGCCCAAACAGAUAUCUUUCUCGUUUUCACCCCACCCUGGUUCACCACCUACGAGAAGACUCUUCUCUGGAUCGGCGGAUUCCGCCCGGGGCUCAUUGUCCGGCUCGUUAACCAGUCCAUAGACGACCUCUCGGACGAGCAGGUGGUUAGAAUUAGGCGUCUUAAGGACGACACGAAGGUCGAAGAAAGGCUACUAAACAAUGACUUGGCGAAAAUUCAAGAAAAAGUGGCCGCGCCGCCGCUGUUGGAAUUUUUCCGCCACGGUGGCCACGACGGCGUAAUAGGCGGCGAGGCGGCAAUGGAGUCGUUAAAAGCGGCGUUUCAGUCGGUGCUGGCGAGUGCGGAUCUUUUGAGAAGAGAUACGGCGUUAAAAGUGACACAGAUCCUAACUCCGGCACAGACCGUGAGAUUUUUGGCCGCCGUCGCUCAGCUUCACCUUAGAGUUAGAGCGUUGGGUUUGCAAGAAGAUGCCAAACGAGAUCCCACUUGUGUCGCCUUGGAUAAAGAUCCGGUUCGAUAA